GAUAGAUAAGAAACGAAGAUACAUAAAAUAUUGAAAAACCCAAAAAGUUGUGGCUGCAAAUUCCCCCUAGUUUUCUUGGAGCCCCACUAUCUUCCACCAAUCGCAUUCACUCCCCUGUUUUUCUCUCUUUCUCAAAACUAAAUGGUCUGCCUUUUGCCUUUUGCUACUGCGCUCCCUGCUUUGAUAAUACUACAUUAUUAACUUCAGGCGAAUCAAGAUUCAUUCAGAAUUUAAUUCUCGGGCACACGUUUGUAAGUGGGUGUUUGUCGGAUUCUGAUGUAAAGAAGAGAGCUAAAGGCCAGUUGCUCGUUAUCCAAGAAUUCUGCCAAUUUUAGCAAGCAGCAGAUUGAAUUAUGGUUCCUGGAUAACCAAGUUGGUAUCUUCCGUGUGUAUUUGUUGAUUGAAUUUGUGGAGAUGGGAAUGCCCGGAGGCGGAUGCAGCAUCGUAUGGUUCAGGAGAGAUCUCCGGGUGGAAGAUAAUCCGGCACUGGCGGCGGGCAUGAGAGCGGGGGCGGUGGUGGCUGUGUUUGUUUGGGCGCCGGAGGAGGAGGGCCACUACUACCCCGGAAGGGUGUCGAGAUGGUGGCUCAAGCAUAGUUUAUCACACCUUGAUAGCUCCUUGAGGAGUCUUGGCACUCCCCUCCUCACUAAGAGAUCUACCGAUAGUGUUUCUUCUCUUCUUGAAGUUAUCAAAUUGACUGGAGCUGCUCAGCUAUUUUUCAACCAUUUAUAUGAUCCUAUAUCACUUGUAAGGGAUCACCGGGUAAAGGAAGUGUUGAGUGGUGAAGGUGUGAGUGUCCGCUCCUUCAACGCAGACUUGCUUUACGAACCAUGGGAAGUUCUGGAUCAGGAAGGUCGACCAUUCACUACCUUUUCUGGAUUCUGGGACAGAUGCCUCAGCAUGCCAUAUGAUCCUGAAUCCCCUCUCCUCCCACCUAAAAGGAUUUUUCCUGGUGACGUGUCGAGAUGCAAUCCGGACACUUUAGUAUUUGAAGACGAGUCAGAGAAAGGAAGCAAUGCACUUCUGGCACGGGCAUGGUCCCCUGGCUGGAGCAAUGCUGAUAAAGCCCUCACAACAUUCUUAAAUGGACCACUCAUAGAGUACUCCAAGAAUCGUCGAAAGGCUGAUAGUGCUACAACCUCUUUUCUCUCCCCCCAUUUGCAUUUUGGGGAAGUCAGUGUUCGGAAGGUUUUCCAUCUUGUUCGCAUCAAGCAAGUUCUUUGGGCCAACGAAGGUAACAAAGCAGGUGAAGAGAGUGUUAAUUUGUUCCUCAAAAGUAUUGGGCUCAGGGAGUAUUCCAGAUACAUGAGUUUCAAUCAUCCGCACAGCCAUGAAAGGCCUUUACUUGGCCACCUCAAGUAUUUCCCUUGGGUUGUGGAUGAGGGCUACUUCAAGGCAUGGAGACAAGGUAGAACUGGAUAUCCUCUGGUGGAUGCUGGUAUGAGGGAGCUAUGGGCCACUGGAUGGCUACAUGAUCGGAUUCGCGUUGUAGUCUCGAGUUUCUUUGUCAAGGUUCUGCAGUUGCCUUGGAGAUGGGGAAUGAAGUACUUCUGGGAUACCCUGCUGGAUGCAGAUCUUGAGAGUGAUGCCCUUGGUUGGCAAUAUAUAUCUGGAACACUUCCAGAUGGUCGAGAGUUUGAUCGUCUUGAUAACCCACAGAUUGAGGGUUACAAGUUUGAUCCAGAAGGAGAAUAUGUUCGAAGAUGGCUCCCUGAGCUUGCUAGAUUGCCAACAGAAUGGAUACAUCAUCCAUGGAAUGCGCCAGAAAGCGUGCUCCAAGCUGCUGGAAUAGAACUUGGUUCGAACUACCCUCUUCCCAUAGUUGAAAUAGAUGCUGCAAAAGCCAGGUUGGAAGAAGCACUUACACAAAUGUGGCAGCUGGAAGGGGCUUCACAAACUGCAAUUGAGAAUGGAAUGGAAGAGGGACUCGGAGACUCGUCUGAAUCUAUUCCUAUUGCAUUCCCUCCAGACACACACAUGGAGAUGGACAACGAACCUAUCAGACACAAUCCUCCAAAUACAGUAAUGCGCCGCUAUGAGGAUCAAAUGGUACCAAGCAUGACCUCUUCUUUUAUCCGGGUUGAGGAUGAAGAGACGUCAGUUGAUCUUAGAAGUUCAGGCGAUGAGGUACCGUCUAAUGCAAAUGCAGCAGAGCAGCCAAGAAGAGAACCACCACAUGGCCAUGCUAUUAUUCAGACAGACAGAACGAAUGAUGCUUUCCCACAAUCUAAUUUUGCGAGAGGUCGUAGAAACUCUGAAGAUUCAACAGCAGAGUCAUCCAGUACCACUAGAAGAGAGAGAGACGGGGGUGUAGUCCCAGUUUGGUCUCCCUCGAAUUCUACAUACUCUGAUCAGUUUCGGGGUGAGGACAAUGGUAUCGCUACCAGUUCGUCUUACUUGCCUAGGCAUCCGCAGGCUCACCAGCUAUUCAACUGAAGGCGGCUACCUUUCUCAAACUGGAAGUAAGAGUGAAGGUGUUCCAUAAUGGGGAUGAUUACAGAUGUGUAAACGAACGAGAUUCUAGUUGCUGACAAGCCGCGUCAUAAUAAUUGUCUUGUUACUAAACAAUAGCUUAACCGCGAAUGGUUGUUAAAGGAUUUCUGCAAUGGAUGAGGCUGCAAGAGGUAAGAGGUUUGCCAUAGUUGGCUGUGCUAUUUUACUCACUCUGAUCAACAAUCUGCAGUUAUUCUAAUCUGUAUCUGUGGCCUUUUUUCUGGUUUUGUACAAAUAUGCCUCGGUUACAUGUAUAGUAUAUCUGAAUACGCUGUUCCACAAUAUCAACCUAUAUGAUAUUGAUUUGGUCAUAUAUAUUACUAUUAAUAUGAAGCUGAGAUAGACACUUAUGUAUAUACUCAGGAGAUGACUUUUUUGUAUUAAGCUGCCAUAUUUAUCUUCA